CAGAGCUUGCGUUUUGCGUGCUUCUUUUUAAUCAAAAUUAAUUUUUUUAUUGUUAUUAAUUGUUUUCCAAUUUCAUAAUUUAGGGAUUAAAUUGUUGGAUGUUUUUUGUCGAAAUAUUUGGAGUUUUGACUACGAGUUCUAUAUACUGGGCAUGGUGUCAGAUCCUCUGACUCAUGUAGCUCCUCAAUACUUACUAAUUCUUAGGGCAUUUUUUUGUGAUUUUUCCAGAACUUUGGGAUUUUAGACAGCCCUUAGGGGUAGCAGAUUGAAUUGAUUUCUGGAGGUCUAUAUAUUCCCCACACACUGUCACUGUGCUUGUUUGUGUGUCGGUGAGCUCUGUUUUGGUGGUGGUUGGUGCCACCAGUGUUGAAAGAACAAAAGGAGUGGAAAAAUAUGAAAUAUGAAUCUGUGGAGUGGAAAAAUAUGAAAUAUGAAUCUGUGUUUGUCUAAUUUUUUAGGGUAUACUGAAAUCCAGAGGUUUAUUUUACUGUCUAUGUAUUUGAUUCGAGUACGGGUUUUGCCAUAUUUUGGUUUCACUGUGUUAUCCCAGCUGGAAAAAGGAAGAGAUGUGAGAUUCGUGAACCGUUUCCAUUUGGAGCAACUGUUUAUGGGGUCAAGGCUGCUGUGACAGUCAGUCGAUUCUGAAGUUUGAGGAUGCGAGCUGUGAUUGAGGGGUUACAAUUGUAAGUUAGAGGUUUGUGUAUUUUGAGGAUGGGUUCUGCUUGUUGUGUUGCUGCUAGAGACAAGACUAUAACAAACAGAGCUAGUAGCGAAAUUGUACAUCGUAAUAUUAGGUACUCACCAACAUGGAGCUUUCGGUGGGAUAACCGAGUGGGGGUAGCAGCUGAAGAGACCUCUGUAAGUUGGUUUUCUGAUGGUGUUAGCAGAAAUGAUGGAUCGGAAGUUAAAUUUGAAUCAGCAUGUGUAUCUGAGGAGGGAAGUCCAUUGGAACAUUUUCGAAGACAUACAGAGCGAAAAUCCUCAAUUUCUGAGGGAACUGCCUGCCAUGUCAGGACUCCUACUUCAGAUCGAUCCAUUUCAAGAAAUAUUUCCAUGGAUGCAACUCUUGAACAGACAAAAGAACCAGCAGAGUCCCCUACUGUUUCAUAUCCAUCCCCGACAAAAUUAUCAGUUUCGCAGCCUUCUACUUCAUCCUUGCCCGCAUCCCCUUUGUCAUCCCAGAGUCACCUGCCUCCUGCUGGCUCAACACCAGUGAGGUGGCGCCGCUGUUCUCCAGGACAUCAGCUAUUAAGGCAAGUAUCUGAUGGCCGAGUCCCAGGAAUCAAGUCACCAAACAGCUUCUCAAUUUCUGAGGAAAAGGCAAAGCUUCCCUCAUGGGGCAAUGAAUCUGCUAGGGGCUCCCAUGGUGGGUCUUCUGAUAGUUGGUCUAUGAAUGCAUUUUCCGAGCUCAUGGCCACAUCUAAUAGAGAAAGGAGGUCUUUUGAUAGUGAGUCCUUUGGCUUUAAUCGUGAGAAGUUAACUAGAUCCAGUAGCAGAGUUUCAGCUUCACCCUCUGUUGAUUUGCAGACGUGUGGAGUUUGCUCAAAGCUUUUGGCUGAGAAAUGUUCAUGGAGCAGCCAAAAGAUUAUUUCAACCAAUGAGCUUUCUGUGGUUUCAGUGCUUGUUUGCGGACAUGUUUACCAUGCUGAGUGUCUGGAGAAUCUGACACCUGAAAUUAACAAGUAUGACCCAGCUUGUCCAGUGUGUACUUUUGGGGAGAAACAGAUCCACAAGUUGUCUGAAAAAGCAUUGAAAGCUGAAAUGGAUUUGAAGUCUAGAAACAAGAAAUCGAGGAACCGGGUGUUAGAUCUUGAUGGCGAUUCCGCUGUGUUUGAUCGCUUGAAAAGCACUGAAAAUCAAGGAAAGGUUCCCAAGUUUGGAUCCAGUUCCAGCAUGAGAAGCACCUUGGGAAAGCCAUUUUUGAGACGGCACUUCUCAUUUGGCUCCAAGAGUGCUUCGCUAUCAGAUAAUCAUUCUACUAGAAAGAAAGGGUUCUUCUGGGCAAAAUCCAGCAAGAUGUGAGCUCACACUAAGAUGUUGGGGAGAUUUCGGUGUUGGUUCUUCUUUCGCAAUCUCAGUUGGACAGAAGGAUUGUGAAGAGCGCAUUCAUCGAGACAUUGUAAACAUCGCAGGACUGCAUCUUGACAUUCGGCAGGGUUAGCUUUAUGAAGUUAAACUGUAAAGAAGAGAACGAAUUUAUAUAACAGUUGUUUAUAGAAAGAAACAGAGAGCAGAAUUGAAAUGCUGAAAGGAAAUGUGAUCUGAUUCUUACUGUUGUACAGGUUUUCUUCUCUGUGAAUUCAUACUUGAAUUUAUCGAAAUGAACUUAUGCAUGGGAAUUGGAUCUUGGAUUUGCUUGAGAGGCAACAAAACUGUAUGAUAUGUUGUGCAAUGAUUUUUGUAUCAAUUAUAUACUAAAUCGUUUAUUGGCAUGA